AUGAAAUUCAAGUUCUUCACAAACACAGAAACCGUAGGACCAGCGAUCUCCACCUCUUCCUCUGGGUGGUCGAUAUCCAGCAAGUCCGCUUUGUCUUCAUCCUUGUCGGUUUUGGCCUCAGCAAUGCUUUCUGAGCCAGCUUCCUUGGUGAACAAAUUUUUAGGACCUUUCUCCAAGUACAAGAUCGACUUCCCCAAACGUCUGAACGAGAGUUUUGUGAACGCACUCCGAGCAGACGGAGCAUCUCUGAAUUCCACAAUGGCGAUAGUUCCCGCAGGGGGCAUCAAUAGUCUGUUGAGCUGGCCGUACGCUGAAAAUAGCUCUCCAAUGGAUUCCAACGUGGUUCCAUGCUGGAAGUUUUUCACCAAAAUAACCUUGUCGUCUCUUUCCUUAGUGUCAAAGCUAGUCAAGUCAACUCCUUUUUCUUCAAAGUAUCUUCGAACAUCUCCAAUAACAUGGGCUUCAGCCAGAGCUUGCUUCACUGCAGAGCUGCUAUUAGUUGGAUCGAUCAGCUCUCCCUUGCUAAUUCCCAAUUUUGCAGACACACUGUCCAAAACAGCAUCGUUGUUCAUGUACAAUGAGUUCCAACUGAACUGCUGCUUGGAAGAUUCGUAUCUUUUCUUGAGCUCUUUUUGCUUUUUCAAAGGAAGAUUGGCCAGAUCAAACUCGGUCAAUGUGUGGUCCUUUUUGGCAUUUCCCGGCAGAAUGUGCAACAGUCUUCCUUGGAAAAUCUGCUUAUCCAGCUCCAAAUAA